AUGAGUCAUGAUGAAGCUUCACAAAGUUCACAUUGGAGAGCAGCUAUGGAAGAAGAAUUGAGAUCAAUUGAGAAGAAUCAGACUUGGGAGUUAGUCCAUUUGCCUCAAGGAAAAAGACCAAUUGAUGUGAAGUGGGUCUAUAAGACUAAAGUAAAGCCUAAUGGAGAUGUGUCCAACUGCUUGCAACAGAAAUGGUCUCUAUAUCAACUGGAUGUGAAGUCAGCAUUUUUGAAUGGGCCACUUGAAGAAGAAGUCUACAUAACUCAACCACCUGGUUAUGUUUAUGGAGAAACCAAAGAUACCCCACUUCUUGCAGCAAAGAGGAUUCUGAGGAAAAACACUACUGGUUAUGUUUUCAAAUUUGGAACAUCACCAAUCUCUUGGUACGUGCUCAAAGAAGUAGAUGUAGUUGCUUUGUCAACAUGUGAAGCAGAACAUAUUGUUGCUGCUAUGACAGCCUGUCAAGCUCUAUGGCUGGAAGCUUUAAUGGAAGAACUAAACUUGAGAAAUUACAGUCCUAUGAGGUUGUUGAUGGAUAACAAAUCAGCAAUUGAUUUAGCUAAGCAUCCUGUGGCACAUGGCUGGAGUAAACAUAUUGAAACCAAGUUUCAUUCCUGUGUGAUCAAGUUCAUGGCAACCCCACCAGCGUCCCCUCUGCAGUCAAAUAUUCAGUCACCAACGAAGUGUAGGAAUACUAGAAAAUCAACACGGCUACGGAGGUUGACUGUACGAGCAUUGGAUCAGCCCAAAACCACUGUUUACGUGGAUGCCGCAACUGGCCGAGGAUCGGGUCCAUUCAAAGAGAAAUUCCACAGUUAUCUUGGGGUCGUGGCCAGAGAGAAAAUUCCCAUUGUACAUAAUAGCUGGAAAGAUGUUCCAGACACGCUAAAGGACCUAGUAUGGAAUGACAUUUUGGCAAAAUUUGAUAUCCCAGAAGCAUUAAAUGCAAAGAAAAAGGUCAUGUCCACCGUGGCCAGUAGAUGGAGGCAAUUUAAAUGUAACCUGACGACUAGAUUUGUGUAUGGUAACUCCGAAGGUCAACAUGAACAUAAUCCUCCGGUCAAAUAUGACGUAGAUAAAGAAACUUGGGAGCAAUUUGCUGCAAGCCGCAAAACUCCUAACUGGCAGGGAAUCAGGAAGAAGAUGCAAGAGAUCCAAAAAUACAAUGACUGCCCCCAUGUACUUUCUCGUGGGGGGUAUGAUUUGCUUGAAAAGAAGAUGAUGGAGGAGAAGAUGAACAAAAGACAACAUGACGCAAUGACAACUGAGAAUACACCAAACUCUGCGGAUCCCCCAUCUCCCAUUCAAAGACAUGUCAAGUGGGUGUUGGCACGCACUAAGCAAUAUGGACAAAUGACAUCAAAGUCGGCACAAGAAAUAUCUGAUAAAAUUGCCUCAUUGGAAGAACAAACGAGACAGGGUACCUUUGUCCCCCAUGGUCGUGAAGACAUACUGAACACUGCCAUCGGGCGACUGGAUCAUGGAGGCCGUGUUCGGGCAGCGGGGUUUGGGGUCACAAUAAGUCAAUACUUUGGAAGGGCAGCACGUGGCUCUAGUUGUUCAUCAGGGUCGAUCAACCAAGUACAAAUGGCUGAAAUAAUUGGAGGCCUACAGGAACAGUGGAAAAAUGAAAUACAGGUAUUGAAAGAUGAGUUGAAGGAACAAAUCAUACUUGAGAUGUCGCAGAGGGGAUCGUUGAUCCCAACACAUAUUCAGCCAGAUAUACAUGGGUUAGGAGCACGAGUGAGCACAAAAGGGAGCAAUGCGGAGAGUGUUCUCAACCCAUGUCUGCCUAAUGAUGUUGCUCCUGUCGAACCCCUUAUGGGGUUGUAUGUGCAACACCAAGAUUCAAUUGAGUUGGUGGCCUUGGGAAAAACAUAUGAUGGAGGCUCGACCAUACACAAUGUGGCUUAUGCAGACGAUGUCGUAAGGGUUAGUGUUGAGCAAGUUAUUGACGGUGACGCUGAGGUCCCAUUCCCAGCAUCAGAGAUUAAGUGUGUCAGGCAGGCCCUUCACACAUUCAUUGCAUGGCCAACACCACUUGUUAAAAAAAUCUUUAUUGAGCAUGAGGGCAGUAGUCCAACUAAAGACACUGAAGCUGUUGAAGCGGUCAACGAUGUUGUUGUAGAUGACCCCUUGCGCGAGUUGAUUAAGAGCCUAGUUGACAUUUAUGAGAAGCCUGUAGAGUUAGUGUGGGAUGUUACUAAAUUUGGAAUUCCAAAUGCAACUGCAUCAUUGUUCAUAACGUGUGCUGAUGUGAAUGAAAUAAUAUCAGGCGUACAGUGUUUGAACAUAGCUAUACUACAAUUGUGGACCAUGUAUAUGGACCAAUUGAGUCAAAGCUAUGGUCUAGGAUCGGUGUAUGGAUUCCUUGAGCCGCAGGCUAUACUGAAUGCAAACGAUAAAUGUGGACAAUGUCAAGAAUACAUUGAAAAAUGGCUUAAGGAAUCGAACCGAGAUGUCUAUCUAGGCGCUUAUUUGAAUCAGGGACAUUGGCAGCUCAUUGUUUUGUGUCCUAAAAAAAAUACUGUCGUCUGGUUUUGUUCUUUGCGUAGAAGGGUAGAUGUUCAUAUAAAAGCUGCAAUUAACAAUGCAUUUAACACUUUGGAAACCAAGAGUGAGGGGAAAUUUGGUCACAGUACACCGCGGUGGAUUGAAGUGAAGAGUCACGUUCAAAGCGGAACCUAUGAGUGUGGCUAUUAUGUCAUGCAUUGGAUGUGGAACAUAAUCGUCGGGCAGUUGAAGACUAAUUGGACGCUGUGGUUCAAUGAUGGCACGCCGCUAGACAUCAACAUGAUGACAACAUUACGAAAAAAAUGGGCAGAAUAUUUUGUAAAACUUAGAAGCAUCCAAUGUACAAAGCUGUAGUUAACAUGCAAACAACCGCUUUCGUGUUUGUGAUGUAUUUGAUUAAGUGUUAGAAACAAUUUACCUGCUGUAAUGACUUUUAUGUGUCAAUAACAAUAGAUAUUUGUUUAAAACA